UUCGGCUAAAAUAAUUGACAAAAUCCUACACACUGUGCCUUUAAAUUAAUGAAAUGCAAUAUGUUUUUUGAACAAACGUCACUUGUAUGAUCUGGACACAGGGAGGCGCUGUUUUACUCGCUGUGAUUCAAACCAAAUAGAGUUGGAGUGGGGACUUUUUCCCUUCUUCUUUCCACGUUCAGUAAUCUGACACCGAAAAAGACUGAGAGGGGAAGGAUGGACCCUUCAGUCGGUUGUAAGGACGAAAGGAAGGAGCAGUCAUCCAAAGGAGCGAAGGGAGAGCGAGCAGAACGCUGUGCGCAAAAAUAAUAAUAAUACUAAAAAUAAAAACGUCCCGUGGCAGCGGCAGGGGACAUCCAGGGGUCCGCUGCGCGUCUCCAAAACAAACCCCAUCAAAUGAUCUCCAAACGGCAACUUCCAGCUUCCCGAGGCGGAUGGGUGACUUUCCACGUUGCUUUGUGAGGAGGAGAUGAUGAAGAAUUUCAGCGGCAGCCCCCUUCACAGCAACCAGCAGACCCCCAACCACAGCAAGGAGCGAGCCAAGUGCAGGAAGUCCAGCUUGUUCUCGGCGCUGCCGCUGCGACUCUCCCUGCGGGCGUAUGGGCUCUGCAUGGYCGCGCUCUUCUUCUUCUGCUUCGGCUCCCUCUUCUACCAGCUGAACAGCGGAGCUCCUCAGAUCCUGCAGGACAUCAGGCGCUAUCUCGGCGAAUCUACAUAUCUAGAUGACCACGGACACCCUGUUCCUAGAGUGCUCCAGUUCCCCAGCCAGGUGGUUUAUAACCGUGUGGGGAAGUGCGGCAGCCGGACGGUGGUGAUCUUACUGAGGCUACUGGCUGAAAAACAUCAAUUCAGCCUGAUUUCUUCUGACAUUCACAAUAAAACACGCCUCACAAAACAUGAACAGAUGGAUCUGAUGAAGAACAUCAGUCAGAUCCCUCAACCAUUUCUCUACACACGACAUGUUCACUUCCUCAACUUUACCAGGUUCAGAAUAAACCAGCCUGUUUAUAUCAACAUUAUCCGUGACCCCAUAAACCGGUUCCUCUCCAACUAUUUCUUCCGUCGCUUYGGCGACUGGAGGGGGGAGCAGAACCACCUGAUCCGAACUCCAGGGAUGAAGGAUGAUGAGCGAUACCUGGACAUAAACGUGUGCAUUCUAGAGAAUUACCCAGAGUGCUCCAACCCUCGCGUUUUCUACAUAAUUCCCUACUUCUGUGGACAACACCCUCAGUGCAGAGAGCCCGGUGUUUGGGCGUUGGAGAGGGCCAAACAGAACGUGGUGGAGAACUACCUUCUUGUUGGCGUCCUGGAGGAGCUGGAAGAUGUUCUGCUCAUGUUGGAGAGGCUUUUACCUCAUUACUUCUCUGGAGUCCUCGACAUCUAUAAGAGCCCAGAUUAUAAGAAAGUGGGAAACCUGACGGGCACUGUCCGUAAACACACCCCGACCCUGGAGGCCCUGCAGGUGCUGUACCACCGCAUGCGCUACGAGUACGACUUCUACAACUUCGUCCGGGACCAGUUCCACCUCAUGAAGAGAAAAAUCGGGUUAAAGUCGGCCUCCCAGCCUCCUGCGUACUCGUCUGCUUUCCUGCAUGAACUGGCCCUCCGGACCCCAAAACCUCUGGACGAAGAUGAGGAACUUGAGUCAGACCUGGAGGAUGCCAACAGAUGGCUGGUCCAUGCCUGAGGGCUGCUUGACACAGAGGACAUAGCCAAAUACAAGAAAAACACAAAAAAUAUAUUUGGCUAAAUUUGUCCAAAGACAGCUUGAGGCAGCCGGGAGCCGGUGGCAGUUUUCCUCGUCCUUCAAAUUCAUUUUUGCGAGUGCAGUUUUCAUUCUGCAGACUGAACAUGAAGAUCUAUUUAAUUACAGACCAAGGACAGAGAAACAAAAUAUUACAGUCAGUUUGCUUGACUUCAGUUUGAGCUUAUUUUAAGGUUGGUAUGAUAAAUAUUUCUGCUGUGAUCUCCAGGAGAGAUUAGAGCGAAAGCUGAACUGCAGUCUUUAUCAAAGGACUGGUGUCACAAAAACUGGUUCGGGACAUGAAUUUAAAAAGUGCCAUAAAUACUGUGUGUAUAUUAGUUGUUCAAGCUUAUUGCAGGUGCCAAACCUGACUAAAGGGAUAGUUCGGAUUUUUUAAGUGGGGUUAAGUUAUGAACAAUCAAUAUCUUACUUGGUUAUUAAACUUUAACACAUCGGG